CAACCUUUUCCUAGCAUAUGAUUCCCACUCGCAAGCAUGGCCCGCCUUCAGCCAUCAACACAGGCCUCAUGGGAACCGGUACGCUGUCUAUGGCACGCGCCUACGAUAUCCCCGGUCUGAGAACCCACCACUGCCAAGACGUAGGCACCAUGCCAAAGGGAGAAGGAGAAGGAAGUGGGCUCUGAAUGAACGCGCAAUGGAGGGUACAUGGCCCCACACACCCGUAGCGCGGCCAGCGCAAGGCCUCAAGCGGGAGGAUUGGGACGCCGUAUUCAGCGAAUACGACGUGGCGACAGACGUUGUUGCAAUUUCCACCGACCAGCUCGUCGAAGCGUACCCAGACGCGAAGGUGGUACUCAUAUAACGAGAUUGUGACAAAUGGUGGGCGAGAUUCUAAACGCAGGACCUAGACGCACUAGUCUCUCCUUUUGCAAAACCCGUGGUUGGUAUUCUCGACGCACUUGCUGGGGCCCGGGCGAUGAAAGUCAUGCAGAAUACGUUGUUUGGGGCUUUUGAUGUGCACGAUGUCAAGAGGAUCAAGCAGAAUUCCAGGAAGACGUAUUUUGCCUAUUAUGAUUGGAUUAGGGAGAUUGUCCCUCCUGACCGAAGGCCGGAGUAUCGAUUGGGGCAAGGUUGGGAGUCACUCUGUGAAUUCCUUUGGAAAGAGAUUCCUGUU